UGAGUUUCCUGCGAUCUGAUUGGUUAAGGCGUUGCUUUUGUCCCCUCCCUUUCACUACAGUUUACUUUACGGCAGAGUGUCUCUAAACGUCAGCGGUGCAGAGAUGAUUGAAGUUGUGUGUAAUGACCGACUGGGCAAAAAGGUCCGAGUCAAGUGCAAUGGUGAUGACACUAUCGGGGAUCUGAAGAAACUGAUCGCAGCUCAGACGGGAACCAGGUGGGACAAAAUUGUCCUGAAGAAAUGGUACACCAUUUUUAAGGAUCACGUGUCACUGGCAGACUAUGAGAUCCACGAUGGCAUGAACCUGGAGCUGUAUUACCAGUAAAAGCUGGAGAUGAGACCCAACACACACACACGCACACACUGGACAUUUUACACACAUGUAUUUCUCUACUUCACACACAUUUUAUAGAUGACCAGUCAGCUCAUUUCUCCAACAGAAAACAUUGCAUUAUAACUUUAAUUUCAAUUGUUCUUUUUUGGUAUUUGGAAAUAAAAUCAAUAUUUAUUUCAAA